UGCCCUCUGCGCUGCUCCACGAGGAAGAUGCUGGCUGCCUUCCUCUCCCGCGUUUUGUCAGGAGUGGUCCAGAAGCCAGCUCGCCGAGUGCUGGUGGCCUCUUGUAACUAUUCCAAUGAUGCUACAUUUGAAAUUAAGAAAUGCGAUCUCUACCGGCUGGAGGAGGGCCCGCCUGUCACCGCCGUGCUCACCAGGCAGGACGCGCUCAGGUACUACAGGAUGAUGCUGGUCGUGCGCCGCAUGGAACUGAAAGCGGACCAGCUGUACAAACAGAAGUUUAUUCGUGGUUUCUGUCACCUGUGUGACGGCCAGGAAGCUUGCUGCGUGGGCCUGGAGGCCGGGAUCAACCCCUCGGACCACGUCAUCACGUCCUAUCGCGCCCAUGGCAUCAGCUACACGCGCGGACUUUCCGUCCGAUCCAUUCUGGCGGAGCUGACGGGGCGCCGGGGAGGCUGUGCCAAGGGGAAAGGCGGGUCGAUGCAUAUGUACACCAAGAACUUCUACGGGGGCAAUGGCAUCGUUGGCGCGCAGGGCCCCCUGGGAGCUGGCGUUGCUCUGGCCUGCAGAUACAAGGGAAGCGACGAGAUCUGCUUGACCGUGUAUGGGGACGGCGCCGCCAAUCAGGGCCAGAUAGCCGAAGCCUUCAAUAUGGCAGCCUUGUGGAAGCUGCCUUGUGUCUUCGUCUGCGAGAAUAACCUCUAUGGGAUGGGGACGUCCGUGGAGAGAGCGGCAGCCAGCACCGAUUACUACAAGAGGGGCGGUUUCAUCCCUGGCCUAAGGGUAGAUGGCAUGGAUGUUCUGUGCGUUCGGGAGGCCACGAAGUUCGCAGCUGACCACUGCAGAUCUGGAAAGGGACCCAUCGUGAUGGAGCUGCAAACCUACCGCUACCACGGACACAGCAUGAGUGACCCUGGCGUCAGUUACCGCAAACGAGAAGAAAUCCAGGAGGUGAGGAGUAAGAGUGACCCUAUUAUGCUCCUCACAGAUAGAAUGGUAAACAGCAAGCUGGCCAGUGCUGAGGAAUUAAAGGAAAUUGAAGCCGAAGUGAGGAAAGAAAUAGAUGAUGCGGCCCAGUUUGCGACAGCGGAUCCUGAACCAAAUUUGGGGGAAUUAGGCCAUCACAUCUACAGCAGCGAUCCCCCUUUUGAAGUUCGAGGUGCAAAUCCGUGGAUCAAGUUUAAGUCCAUCAGUUAA